GGGGGUUCGGGGUGUGUGCGGCUCGUCUGCCAGUCAGCUGCCCUUACAAACACAACGCCACUCAUUGUUUGAUUUUGAUGACGCAGAAAAUCGCGGAGGCCUGAACGCGGAGCCGCGGCUGCAUGGCGUCCUGCAAUCAGGCCAGCGCGUGCCGUCCGGAUUAUGGCGUUAAUUUCUCUCAGAAAGAAGGAGGGGGGGUUAAAAAAAAAGAAAAGAAAAGAAAGAAAGAUUUGAGCCAAUAAUAAUUAUUAUUAGCCUGUAGUGGGACGGGAGGGGUGUUUAUUACUGAGGAGGGGAAAAGUGACAGAUUGAGUUUAGGGUGAGCAACAGCGACCGUUAUUGGCUUCGGAAGAGUCCGGCUAAUGCUAAUAAUAGCAUUAAUAGAGAAGCACACAUUUUAAGGCAGGUCCCUGUGAGAGGAUGCUAAAGGAACAAGAACAUGUUUUUACUGAUAUUUUAUUGAUGCACUAUAUAUAUAAAUAUAUAUUUAUAAAACAAGAAUGUAACUACAUUAUCUGUAUUUUAAUUAAGCAUAACACACAAGCCCUAUAGUGCUAAACAUUAGCUAUUUGACCCGUAAGACUUAGCUUAGUAAAACUAUGAUGCUACUUUAGCUAAUAGCCACAAUGCUAAUGUUCGUUCGAGCUUGCUAGGUGGGCUUCUUAAAGCUGUUUGUUGUUUUAUUUUGUGUGUUUAUUUACAUUAUUUAACUCUUUGUUUAAUUUCUUUCUAUCACAAACUGUCACAAACUUUUUGCUUAUUUUUUAACAUGGGUUAUUAAUUAGCAGAACUAUCUUUAUGAUUAGGUGAAGGUUUUUAUUUUUCCUGUUAAACUUUCUAUUCAGAAAGAAAUCAUUAAAAUGUCCAAAAAUAAAUUGUAUGCAAAUUGCUUCAACAGUUCCAUCGGUUAAAUUCUAAUAGCUUGUUUGCAUUUUUAUGGCCAUAUAGGAAAUGUUGAUUACUAGUUAGAAAAGUUAACAAUUUUUGUCGCAAUGAUCUACUUUGUCUCCACCUUCGUUAGCGGUUAAAUUAGCAUAAGUCGAAACACAGAUUUAUAUCAAUGUUGCAAACAGUUUGUUUUUAACAGUGUACUCAACUGUGAAAUGUUACAGUUUGAACAUCCUGCGCUAUUAAAGGCUCUAAAGUCCUUCAAAAUCCGUUUUGGACUGAUUCAUUUAUACUCAUUAACACAAAGAUUCAGCUUUGAAUCCAAGAAAGGAAAAAGAAAUAAAAAUCCUCUUAAUCAGACAAAAAACCAAAGUGGUCUUUUUCAUUUGUUUUGUUUGUCGAGUUAUGUUUUAUUUGUUCUGUCUAGAUCUUCAAUGGGUGUUGUGAAAUCAUUUAGAUGUAGUUUCCAUGAUAAAUAGUGGUGGUUCGUUUGUUUAUGAACCGCUCCUCUCUAAUCAACACUUCUCCAGAGUGUCACCUCUUAAAUCUAAUUACCGGGAGCAAUUCAUUAGGCAGAGGAGGAGGAGGUGGGAGAGCAGAUAUUUAUGUUUCAUAAAAGUUUUCCCUAAAAGUUUCCAGUUUCAAAUCGUGAAGCACUGUUUUCAAGGCAACAACCAAACAAAACCAUCCCGAUAGAUGCAGAGCUGUGAUUAAAUGCGCGCUCAGCCCCAUUGUUUGUUCCCUGAAAGUCUUUUGUUAUCAGCAUUACUUAUCGGUCAACACUGCGCUUUGUUUCUGCAAAUCAGCUGCUUCGUCCCCAACCUGUGGGUGUAUAUGCUAAUUGAGUGCACAGUUGGGGCCCAACGAGAGUGCGCAUUUUAACAACGAUGUUUUUUUUUUUUAUUUUUUAGGCGGGGUUAUUGAAGCUGUUAGAGGGAGGGGCGGAGGGGUUGAUGGCGUAAACGCCUGUCAGCCAGACAGAGCAUCUUCAGUCCAGUGGGGACAGCUGGGGGUCUCCUUUCUGCUUUAAGAGCCGCGCGAGUUUGAGGACGCCCAUUUUUUUGUGUGUGUGUGUGUGCGUGCGUAAAGGCUGCGCUUAAAACCUGGCGGACAUAGACCACUGUUAAUAUUUUUCAUGUUUUCCUUCAGAUUCAUUUAGGAGCAUUUCGGAAUUCGGAGACGCCAGUUGGGAGGGGGAAACGCUAUUCUUAAUAUUAUUAUUAUUUGCGCCAUUUUCUACUUUUUUGCGAUCGGGGCGCCGGAGGCAAACAUGAUGUCCUAUUUGAAACAACCGCCGUACACGGUGAACGGACUGAGCUUAUCGACCUCAGGAGUGGACUUACUGCAUCCUUCAGUGGGAUACCAAGCGACCCCUCGCAAGCAGAGGAGGGAGCGGACCACCUUCACCCGGGCCCAGCUGGACGUGCUGGAGAACCUGUUCGCCAAGACCCGCUACCCCGACAUCUUCAUGAGGGAAGAGGUGGCUUUAAAGAUCAACCUCCCUGAAUCCAGAGUGCAAGUCUGGUUUAAAAACAGACGAGCCAAGCAUCGCCAGCAGGCCCAGCAGACCCAGACGGGCGUGCAGAACAAGUCUGUCAGCAGGCCGGUGAAAAAGAAAGGCUCCCCGGUGAGAGAGGCCAGCUCUGAGAGCGGAGCCAGCGGCCAGUUCACGCCGCCCUCCAGCACCUCCAUGCCGGCUGUGAGCAGCAGCAGCAGCAGCAGCAACAGCAGCAGCAACAGCAGCAGCGCGGCGCCUGUCUCCAUCUGGAGCCCGGCCUCCAUCUCCCCGCUCUCCGACCCGCUCUCCUCCACGUCCUCCUCUUCCUCCUGCAUGCAGCGGUCUUACCCAAUGACCUACACCCAGGCGACGGGCUACAAUCAGGGCUACACGGGUUCCUCGUCCUACUUCACCGGGAUGGACUGCGGCUCCUAUCUGUCGCCCAUGCACCACCAGCUGUCCGCCGCGGGCUCCACCAUGAGCCCCAUGAGCGGCAGCGGGGUGUCCAGCCACCUGAGUCCGGCGUCCUCUCUCUCCUCGUCGGCGUACGGAGGGACGGGGCUCGGAUUCACCGGUGCUGCGGACUGUCUGGACUAUAAGGACCAAACUGCCUCAUCGUGGAAGCUAAAUUUCAAUUCGGACUGUCUGGAUUAUAAAGACCAAGCAGCUUGGAAGUUUCAAGUGUUGUGAGGGAAGAGAAAUGGAAGAAAUUGGGAACUUUUAUAAACCCAUGCAGAGCCGGUGGAAGACUGAAUGCGGUCCUGAGCGGAAAUUGAUUUGGGUGGCACCACCAGCAACCACACCACCACCACCUACAUUAACUUAUUGGGCUUUUUUUAAAAUUAUUAUUCCCACUUACACAGUUUUCUAACAUAACAAGCACAAUUAUGAUAUAAUAUUUCACAAUAUGUAUUUAAAUAAAGGGAUACCAACAAAUAAACUGUGGAGAAAUCACUGGCCAAAUUUAAAAGUCGAUUCAUUCUCGAUUAACAGACAUCUUUGGAUCUGUGUUCUGGGUGGUGGCAUGCUGGGGGUCCUAAGCAGCAGCGUCUGGCUCUUGCCUCGACCCGGCUCUGCAUUCAUGCAAAAGUAAAGUUUCUCUCUCUUUUAUUUUUUCUUCCUUCCCUCCACAAGAAUCCAGGCCCUAACUUCUACCUCGGGUCGAGCAGCGCGGGACUGUCUCACACUUGUUGGACUAACUUAUUGACCAUCGAGACUCCACUUUGAUCAGGGGCACGGAACAAAUCUGCUGACCAGAAAAGAAGAAGGGAAAAAUAAAAGGAUCAAGAGAGACGAGCUUGGAGGAGUUUUGAAGGAUUGGUCAGGUCUUUUUCCAGCUAAGCUCCUUAAAGACUCUCCUUUUUCUCUUUCUUCUUGUUGGCACGCUGAAUGGGCGCCCCUUUGAUCAAAGCGAUGUGCAUGAGUGUCUGUGUUGUAAAGAGCGUGUGCGUGCGUGCGUGCGUGAGCGAGAGAGAGUGUGAAAGCAGCUCUGACGCGAACUUGGAUGCACUACUUAAUUUAUGGAAGAAGAAGAAAAACAUAAAAUAUACGAGUAUUUGACAAUCAGUCCGUUCGCGCGUGAGCCGAAAUGUCUUUCAUGUGUUUUUAAAUUUUCAUUUCUCCCCUUGUAAAAUUUCUUUUUACCCGACUUGUGAUUUUUUUUCUUCCUUUCUAUAACCUGUAUGCAAUUCUGCCUUGCGUAAAAAUGCGCAGGAAAAGCAAGCUGUGAAUUUCACCUCCCCCCCCCCCCAUGUUACCGGUGAUAACUAAAAGAAGGAUUUUAUUGGUUUUCAUGAUAAAUCAGGAACAACAACAGUGUAAAUGUUGCAUCUGAAGGUCCGCUCAAAACUGUAAAGAGCGACAAAAAAAAACCCACUAUGAAACAAUAAAGACCUUUUGAUUCAGA